AUGUGGACUUUUUUGGGGAUAGCAAGCUUCACAUAUGUGUACAAAAAAAGCGACGUGUUUGUGUUUUUAGCUCGCAGAGAGCUGCUGAUUGCUGCACUGGUUUUACUGGCAGUGGGAGCAAUAAUACUCACCUUCCACAGGUACCACUGGGGGAUAAAAACAUUUCACUUGUUACGGCUACUGUUGGAAAUCUUAUCAGUUCUACCUUUCAUUCUUAAAAUCAUCCACAAGUCAGACAUUACUCAAAGAAACAAUGCAGCAGAGGAGAACAAAAAGGGAGCUACCAGGAGGAAGCGAGUAAGAACCAAAGAAGCAGCACUAAACACAGAAAGUACCUCAGAGUGUGGGUCCACUGGUGAGCCGGAGCCAGACGUCAUCAUCGUGGGUGCUGGUGUGCUGGGUUCUGCCAUGGCGGCCGUGUUGGCGCAAGAUGGCUGGAAGGUUUGCGUGGUGGAGAGAGAUCUGCGUGAACCGGACAGAAUCGUGGGGGAGCUUUUGCAGCCAGGUGGCUACCGGGCACUCAAAGAGCUGGGUCUGGAGGGUGCUGUAGAGGGCCUGGAUGCUCAUGUAGUCAGUGGGUAUGUAAUCCAUGACAAAGAGAGUCUCUCAGAAGUGGAGAUCCCUUACCCACAAGAUGAGUGUGGCCGAGCGUUCCACCAUGGUCGCUUUAUCAUGGGCCUGCGACGUGCUGCUCUCAAAGAACCCAAUGUGAUGUUUGUGGAGGGCACAGUAACCAGUCUGCAGGAGGAGGAUGACUGUGUGACAGGAGUUCAGUAUCGUGAGAAGGACACUGGGAAGAUCAAGGAGAUCCGUGCUCCUCUGACGGUGGUCGCUGAUGGCUGUUUCUCCAAAUUCCGUAAGAAUCUCGUGUCUGGAAAAGUCAAGGUCUGCUCACAUUUUGUUGGCUGCUUAAUGAAGGAUUGUCCUCAGUUUAAGUCCAAUCAUGCAGAGCUGGUGCUGACAAACCUCAGUCCCAUCCUGAUCUACCAGAUCUCCUCCAACGAGACCAGAAUUUUGGUGGACAUCAGGGGAGAGAUGCCCCGAGACCUGUCCAAGUACAUGGUGGAGAUUUAUCCUCAGCUACCAAGACAUUUACAGGAGCCCUUUAUGCUCGCUCUGCAGAACGACCGUCUGAGGACGAUGCCUGCAAGCUUCCUGCCACCUUCUCCAGUCAACAAACCAGGAGUGCUGCUUCUGGGAGACGCCUACAACAUGAGGCAUCCUCUCACCGGCGGGGGGAUGAGUGUGGUACUCAAUGACAUCCGCAUAUGGAGAGAGCUGCUCAGGAACGUUCCAGAUCUGUAUGAUGACAACGCCAUGCUUCAGGCAAAGAAGAAAUUCUACUGGGAGCGCAAGUCAUCACACUCAUUUGUCGUGAAUGUGCUGGCUCAAGCUCUUUAUGAGCUGUUCGCAGGAACAGACAGUUCUCUGCACCAGUUAAGAACAGCCUGCUUCCAGUACUUCAAGCUGGGUGGAAGAUGUGUCAAUGGACCAGUAGGUCUGCUGUCUGUGUUAAAGCCGAAGCCCAUGACUCUGAUUGGACACUUCUUCGCUGUAGCCUUGUACGCCAUGUACUUCAGUUUCAAAUCAGAGUCGUGGCUGAUGAAACCAAGGGCCUUGGUGAACAGUGGAACAAUUCUUUACCAUGCCUGCGCCAUUAUGUUCCCCCUCAUCUAUUCAGAGCUGAAGUACCUGGUGUACUGA